CAUAAAGUUUAAUUUUUAUUAACUGGAAACGCCCAAGGCGUUGAUUUAAGCUAAGCAUGUACUGAAGACAAAUACACCACGUAAUUAUUUUUAAGAUUUUUUUCGGAUGCAAUUUCCAACGAUUUUAUCGGUACGUUAGGAACGGGAAAGUGUCAUAAAGGAUUCAAUUUAAGGUCCAUAAAUCCUCGGCGGCCGGUGGAUCCGCAUUAAAUAAUGUACCAGUCCCGUAUUGACCAAAAGAAGGGCGAUUGUGUGCCACUUCCUCAACGGCAAGAUCCCGAACAUCUGGACAUUGUACAGGGUGGAAGAGGGGCCCGUCUCCCCAUUGAAAUGGUAAACGUCUUCGCCGGGGCGCCGAGUUAUCGAUCACCCAAGCCGAAGCCGUACAAAGGCAGCGGGCCAGGCGACGGUGGCGGAGAUCCCGCCAUCCAGUUCGUCGUCUCCCAUCGCUGACGGAGGAAGGCCCAUCGAUUAGAGUCGGCCCGUGCCCAGGUCCCCGUGCGGCUCUCCCGUUGGCAACGGCGCGUCGUCGAAGAGCGUACGUGUGUGUGUGUGUCUGUACGUAGGGUGCGGCCACGCCGAUCACAUUGGAGGGUCCCUACUGAGAGUGUGGAUGACGCAGACGGUCGAAGAUGGAACGGAGUUGACGGUUUGGCCGGCAAAGUUCUGCAGUCUUCCCUAGCUCGGUGGUACGAUUGCACGUGUUUUCCGAUCGUACGUUCCUCCUCGGUCUCCGUCCGUCACUCGGAUGUGUGCGGUGUGCGCCAGACCAGCCGCGCAUUUCACGUCUCCUUGCCAAAGGCUCACUCUUGCGACGUCGUCACCAUCGACAAGGUGUGCGGGCUAGUAUGUCCGUGCCUUCGAUGGUACAUCGAUCAGGGAACUCUUUGAUAGUGCGCAGCGUCGUUAGUGGCGACGCUCUGUUCGGUUCGGCCGACGCCGUCACCGCCGCCGAAGACGACGUGAACUACACGAGCGUCGGGGAGUCGAACAGUGUUGACGACGCGGGCAAGGAAUUGCCCGACUGCAAAGUGAAGAGGAACUAUCCGUGCGGCCGCUGCAGCUUUUUCACGCAGAACCCGCGCCUCUACCUGACACAUCUGCGCGACGAUCACAAUGAAAAGGUGAAGAUAUACGAGUGUCCGAGUUGUCUGUACGCGUCCAAACACUACCAGAAACUGUUGAGACACCAGAAAAUGGUGCACGGCAACGCGUCCGAAACGUCCGUCGAGCCGGCGGGCGACGGCUCGCGGCAGUCGCGCAAGCGGCCCGCCUCCACGGCCGCCGACGACGAGGAGACGGUGGCGGCGGACGCCGCCCCCGACGACCACGACGACGAAGAGUACGAGCGGGCGGCCGCGUUCAAGUGUUCGAUGUGCGCGUUCACCAGCAAAGUGCAGUCGCAGUUGUCGCGGCACGAGCGCGAGGAACACAUCAAAACGAAGUUUUUCCGGUGCAACAAGUGCAACUAUGUGACGCACAUCAAGGCCCGUUACACCAAACAUGUCAAGUACCAUUCGAUGCCAAUGAUCAAGUGCGGCAUGUGCGACUUCCGCACGCCGUACAAGUGGAACCUGGACAGGCACUGCAAGAACCACAACGGACGCGGGCCGUUCAAGUGUUCCGCCUGCAACUUCACCGCCGACAUCAAGCAGAGUCUGACGGUGCACGAGAUGAACCACCAUGUGCCGCCCGUCGGUCAGGCGGUCGGUCUGGGCGUCGGACGGCGACGCAACAAGGUCGGCGCCAGCGACGCCACCGCCGCCGAAGAGGCCGCCCAACAGUUGCAGUCCGCAAACGUCGCCAACCAGGUCGGUAAGAAGGAGACUAGAACGGGCGCGACCGACGGCGACACGAAGAAAACGCAAAAGUCCAACAAGAAGUCGAAGCUGGGCGGCAACGUGGACGCGAAGAAGUUCGGCUCGGAUUUCCUGCAUCCCGACGACAUAGUGACCCACACCAACGGUAAUGUUUACAUCAAGUCCAAGUGUCGUUUGUGCAACUACAAGACGGCGUGGGACGGUGAAAUGAUCAAGCACGAGAAGCGGGUGCACGGCAUCGACCACGACGAUCACGGCAAACCGGUGAAGAAGGUGCCCAGGCCCAUACCCAACCUCAUACCUUUACCUCAGCAGAACGCCUUCAACAAGCAGGUUCUGCGCCACAGUCAGCCGCCCCUCCAGGUGGCGGAGAUUCCGGAACUGAAGGAGCCGGAGAUUAGCGAGAGGGUCAUCAACGAUAUAUGUGCUAAGUCCGGGAACAGUUCGCUUAAAGACUUCGCGUCUUUGUUCAGUUCCGAAGAGAUGUUCAAGGAACAGAAAGUGACUUCACAAGUACCUGAUCUAAUUCCUACAAGUGUGUAUUCGUCAACACCCAAAAAAAUUAACGAUAGUGCUAAGAAGGACCUGAGUUAUUUCCACGACCUGUUAAGUACCAGUGACUCUAACUUAGUUUGUAACGCGUGCGGACACGAGAGCAGUUGCCUCACCGAACACGUCAAACACCAGAAGUCGUGCGGAAAGGAACUGAAAAAAAUACCAAACAUAGUGCCAGUACAUAACAUUAGUUCUACACGUUGUCAAUUCUGCAGACAGAGAUGCAAGUCCAGCACCGACCUGUACAACCACCUGUUCAGCUGCACCGAGUACAUCAAGUCCCUCACGACCCCCGCCGACGACAUAGACGACACCUCGGAACCGGGCGAGCUACACAUCGACGAAGAUGUGGGCGAGAACAAGGUGUUCGUGUGGAACAACAUCGAAACCCCCAUGAACAUUAAGGCGAACGACUCGAAGUACGUGUACGUGGACGACACCAUCGAGAACGCCUCGAUAAGGUACCGCACCGAUACGCUGUCACCGGAAAACGACAGCAGCGAGCACAGUUACCAGAUCAGCCAGGAUUUCCUGCCGGUCAGCAACAGCAGCAGCGUCCACCACUCGCCGGUCGCCACCGAAAAGAUACCCACCCACGGCACCGACAUAUCGAUAGCCCAACACAAGAGGGUGUUCAAGUGUCCGCACUGCACGUUCUGGGCGUCGACCGCCUCCAGGUUCCACGUGCACAUCGUCGGCCACCUGAACAAGAAGCCCUUCGAGUGUUCGUUGUGCGCGUACCGCUCGAACUGGCGAUGGGACAUCACCAAGCACAUCAAGCUGAAGUCGGUGAGGGACCGCGCCCACGAAUCGGCCAAGGUGCUGAUGACCGACGAGACAGGACGCAGGAACUACACCAAGUACAACAAGUACCUGACCGAGAUCCCGGUCAGCGGCGACCAGACGCAGGAGACGAGCGGCGGUUCGGGCACCAGGCCCAGGAACCACGACAGGAACUCGUCGCCGUCCACCAGCAAGGAUCUGGCGAAGCUGAGCCGGGCCGGCACGGUCGUCGACGUGCAAAAGCCUCUGAGGCCGCCGCCGCCCCUCAAGCCCACCAGCGGACAGAAGAAGGGCAACGUGGAGGGCAGGAGGACCAUGUUCAAGUGCAAAAGAUGCAAUUUCCGCGACUCGUCCAGAGAUGUGCUGCUGGAUCACGUCAAAGGCCACUACAUGGCGAUGGCGCAGUCCAAUGUGGUGACGCUGUCGUCGGAUUUACCGGAUCAUAGUGUAAGGGGUACGAGUCCUGACGAUGAGGCAAGUGUAAAUAGCACCACAGCGAGCAAGGGGGGACAAAUGCCCUUCCGCUGUGGCCAUUGUAAUCAGACCUCUAACUGGAAGCAUGUCAUACAGCGCCACUGCCGUUUGAAGCACAGCGGCGACAUACGAGUCGUUAGCAACAAAAAUGGCCAAGAAAAAAUCGAGGUGGAGGAACAGACUGACGAGCCGGACCACGUGGACGUACCACAAACCGGCGCCUUCAAGUGUGUCACCUGUCCCUAUUCCACCGAGGAGGAGUCGGAACUGAACGAACACUUGUCCGGCCACAAUCAGCGGACCAACAACCCCUACAAAUGCCAGUACUGCAAGUACGGCGUCACCGAAAGGGACGAUCUGUUGGAGCAUCUGCGCCUGCACGGUAUAUGCGACCCGGAGGACUUCCUGUACAAGACCACCGAACGCUGCACGAACGAAGGCGGCCUGGUCAAGAGGUACAAAUGCACCCUCUGUCCGUACGUCACGAACUCCAAGUCGCAGUACACGUACCACAAGCAGUUCCACAAGCCCAGAGGUGGCCAGUACACUUGCACCCAGUGCAACUACAACGUUAGCAAGCGCCAUCUGCUGCACCAACACUUGAAGGUGCACGGCAUCAACAUCACGCCGCACCGCCAGAACGGCGAGUCCAUGGAUCUGGACGACAUAUCCGACGAGAUUGAGGAAGUGCCUUCGUACGCUCACAACUUCGAUACGCAGAACCUGAGCGACAUACCGCUGGUCUGGGUGUCGAAGAACCAGAAGUUCUCCAAGAUGUUCAAGUGCCGGUACUGCCCGCACGUCAAUUUACGCAAGGUCAACAUACAGGAGCACGAAAAGAUGCACGGCAUACGCGAGAAGAAUGCCAACACGUCGCGUUUGAACGACACCGAGCACAAGUGCACGGAAUGUAACUACAUAUGCAACAACGCGGGCGUUUUGUCGUCGCAUUCCAAGGUGCACCAGGGAUUGUACGGUGUCAUCCAUCGAAUCGUCGACUUCACCAAGAGCGACGAGGAACAGCUGCGCGAGCUGAAGAAGUCGCUCGGUUAUGCCGACUCCAAUUCCUACGAUGCCAUGGAAAUGAUCGAAACGGACGUGGAAGAGGUGCCGAACAACACGUUGACCACUUUGUUCUUUUGUCAAGAGUGUCCGGCUCGUUUCCUGAAGGAAAACGAAUUCGCCAUCCACAAGCAGUUCCACGGCAGCAAGGGUCUGUUCAAGUGCGAGUACUGCACGUAUUCGACGGAGCAAGGCGAUUACAUAACCCAGCAUCAGCAAAUCCACCACAAGCAGUAUCAAGACCGCACUUUAGUAUUACAGCAACUACACCGUACCAGCGUCGAGUACCCCCAACCGCAGACGUUCGUAAAUAAGAACGCCAACGACGAAUUGAUAUGGAUAGUGAUUAAAGCUGAGAAACCGGAGCCAAGCUUGGACACCUUAAGCAGAUUACUUAACAAGCCACCCAGAUCUUCUCAGAACGUCCCCCUGUCGGGAACCGAGCUGUUCCAGCAAAAGAACGAGGAGGAACAAAAGCAGGCCGCCGCCUUGGCCCAGCUAAUCAAAGAGGAGCCAGCCAGUCCCAGCACCGACUCUGAAUUAAUGAUGCAAGGCAACCCCGACAUCAUCUACCCCACCUCGAUGAAAAACGGCAAGAUCAAGGAGAAACGUUACAAAUGCCCCAAAUGCCCCAGCGCCUUCGACAAACGGGAACAAUUCAAAGUACACAUGAGCCUGCACGGCUCCAACCAGCGGUACAGCUGCGAGCACUGCGACUACGCGGUCAACUACUACGCCAACUACUCGCAGCACACCAAGAAGCACGCGGCCCAGGCCGACGCCCAGGCCGCCGCCCGUCUGGCGGACGAGGACGAGGAAAUCGAGGAAGUGGCCGGCGAACCGAUGGACGUCGACCAAGACGGUCAACAGCAGCCCCUUGAAUUGUGUGUGCCUGACAAUAAAGCCAUUAAGCAGCAACGUCAAUCUAGUCAAAAUCCCGGAGAGGAUGCGACCGAGUGUGUCAUGAACACGUGCACCCUGUGUCCAUACGCCAGCAACCAGCCGGACGCUUUCGAGAACCACCGCAACAAGCACGUCAGCGUGUCCGGGAUCAAAAGUACUUACACGUGUGAACACUGUGAUUUUUCUGUGCCACAGACACACAAUUUGAGGGAGCACGAGAAAGUACACUUCAUGCCAAACAAGAUAAAUCAGGUUGAUGGCUUUAUGAUUUGUGAUAAUAUGAAACUGACUACGGCCAGAGCCGAGGGCAAGUCUCCUGAAAGGAGCGUCAUUUUCGAAGAACAAGGGUCCAAAUCAACUGACAAGCAGUUCUUGCCUCCACUUAGUGGAGACGUCGCCGAAAGGUUUAACAAUAACGAGGGCGAGAAACAGCUAGUUAACAUGCAGACAGGCGAAUUAGUGAAUAGAAAAAAUAUUAGUGAUACACGUUCUUCUACAAACCAAGAGGAGGUUCGUGACAUGGAAGUAAUUAGUCAAACUUCUAGUGAUAAUUGAUAAUUUACCUUAUUUAUCUAAACUAAAACACUUAUAAAUUUAUACAUAAAUUAACAAUGUUUGCCUUAGUCAUAGAGUAUUUUUACAAAGUAUUUUCACAUAAAAAUAGCAAAUAUUAAAUAAUCUUAGUAUUAUGAUCAUUUCAUACCACAUUUGUACAUAUUUUGUUCUAGAAAUAUUAUGUAAUACUUACUUCAUGGGGUUUUCAUUCAUAAUGCCAAAGCAUUUAAUGCCAAAAUUUGCCAUAUUGUUGUAUUUUUAUUGUUUACAGAGGAGAAAUAUAUUAUCAUAAUUGAA